UCGUCUCUGCUUCAGCUGAACAUGGAGCUGCUUUUGUUCAUGUUUGUGACUGUAAUUCCAGUUAUAUCUGACGGGUUGACUGUACUUGGCCCCUCUGGUCCUCUGGUUGCUCCUCUGGGAUCCUCAGUGGUUUUGCCCUGUUCUGUUGAUGAACUUUUAUCAGUGAAGGAUCUGGAAGUGGAAUGGAGAAGAACAGACUCUGAGACUUUAGUUCAUCUGUAUCAGGACGGUGAGAGUCGAACAGAAUCCCAGCAGCAGGAUUAUCAGGAUAGAGCUCAUUUCUUCACUGAUCAGAUUCAACAUGGAAACUUCUCCCUCCGUCUGGACAAUCUGAGAGCUGAAGAUGAGGGACAGUAUAAAUGUAAAGUUUACAUUCAGCAAGAGUCUGGUGAGACUGUGGUUCAAAUAAAAGUUAAUGCUGAGCGUUUGAGAGUAUCAGGAUCGAGUCGCUCCAUAUCUGCAUCUGUGGGUGAAGACGUCACUCUGAGCUGCUCUGUAGACUCUCACAUCCCACCUGGAGACUUUGAAGAGGUUACAUGGACGAAAACAGAUGAAGAUAUUCAGGUUCUGCUCUACCAAGACAAUGAGGGACAUUCAUCAAAUGAGCGAUACAGAGACAGAGUUGAGCUCUUCCCUGCUGAAAUCCCCAAAGGAAACUUCUCUCUCAGACUGAAGAGCGUCAGAACUGAGGAUAAAGGAGUUUACAUGUGUAAGGUGUUUGCUGGGGGACUUUCAGCCAAUGCAACUGUAGUACUGGAGAGACUGGGUUUCUCUGCUUCACACAUAAUGAUCCUGAUUUUCUGUAUUUCUGCGUCUGGAUCUGCACUUCUGCUCUUCUACCUGAUCUACUGCAAAUCUCCUACUAAAGUUAGGAAAUGUGAGGUGCUGUAUGACUACACUGCUGUGGAAGAUGACGAGCUGGAGCUUGUUGUUGGGGAAACGAUAGAGAUUCUAUCAGGGAAUGAGGAGGACGGGUGGUGGAUGGGAAAGAAAAAUAACAAAACAGGACUGUUUCCAUCAAAUUAUGUGAAACAAAUUGACCGUACACAGGACACAGUCUUUCGUCUUCAGAUGUUUCUCGUCUUCUGUCCAAAUGUUCUGAUGUUUCUAGCAUUUGUCCUCUGGGGUGUUUCUGAAGGGUCUCUGUUUGAGUCGGUCUCUUGUUGUGCUCUUUAUUUUCUGAGGCCUCUCUUGUUGCUCUGGACGGCUCCAUAUAUUAAUGAGUUCACAGGCAACAUUAAAACAUGGGUUCAGUAUGACAGUUUUGAGACAGAAUAUGUGGUUUUCUCUGCUGUGUUUUAUUCAGGAAAUCUUAAAAAUAACAUGACAUGA